AUGAAUCUUUUAAAAGUCAUCUUUCUAUUGGGAUUCAUAGGAAGUGGUCUGUGUGCUGACCUUGCUGUAAGAGCAGAAUCGGCUGCAGCAUGCACCUAUGGUCCAUCAAUGACUCAAUGUGAACAAAACUGUGCAAAGGCUCUCAACCUUUCUACAAUUCUCUCAACAGUGUUAGGUAGCUUGGUAUGUGGAUUGCUUGACACUGUCCAAGAUGCUGUGAUCGACUGUUUGCUUUGUAACGCUUUGUAUGGUACCAUUAGUAGUAUCACUUCUGAAAUCAUCCAACUUUUAGAAUCCACUUUACUCGGUUGUGAUGUCACAACCUCUGAAGUCACAACAUGCACCGAUUAUUGUGAUGUUGAAGAAACUACAGUUCCUGAUUCUCAAAGCUGCUCUGAUUUGUGUGAUGAGGUUCAAAGCGAUCUUAUUUACUUUGGAGGUUUGACUACUCUGGUUGGAUGUACUAUUCUUAACGAUGUUGUUAAAAACAAGAUCUUGGCCUGUCUUGUGUGUGGCCCUAUAUUCGACCUUGUGGGAGGAAUUAUUGACACAGUGACAGGAUUGUUAGCUGGCGAUUGUUUGGACGAGCUAAAGUCUAGUACAGAAAUCUGUGUUUCGACAACUUCUGCAUCUGCGUCAGAAAUUUCAAGUAGCGAGACUUCGUCAUCUGAUGAAAUUUUCACUAGUUCCGAGACAUCUGUUUCAGAAUCGUCAUCAUUGGAGUCUUCAACUGUUGAGUCGUCUUCUACCGUUGAGUCCUCCUCUGCCGUUGAGUCGUCAUCUGCCGUUGAGUCGUCUUCUGCCGUUGAGUCGUCUUCUACCGUUGAGUCGUCUUCUACCGUUGAAUCGUCUUCUGCCGUUGAGUCGUCUUCUGCCGUUGAGUCCUCCUCUGGCGUUGAGUCGUCUUCUGGCGUUGAGUCGUCUUCUGCUGUUGAAUCGUCUUCUGCUGCUGGGUCUUCUUCUGCCGUUGAGUCUUCUUCUGAUGUUGAAUCUUCUUCUGAUGUUGAAUCUUCUUCUGCCGUUGAGUCGUCUUCAGCCGUUAAGUCCUCCUCUGCCGUUGAGUCGUCUUCUGCUGUUGAAUCGUCUUCUGCCGUUGAGUCGUCUUCUGCUGCUGGGUCUUCUUCCGGGGUUGAGUCUUCUUCUGAUGUUGAAUCUUCUUCUGUUGAAUCUUCUUCUGUUGUUGAAUCCACGGAAUCAUCAACCGAGUCGAACGUUCCUUCAUCCACUGAAACGGCUGCAACAUGCACCUAUGGUCCAUCAAUGACUCAAUGUGAACAAAACUGUGCAAAGGCUCUCAACCUUUCCACAAUUCUCUCAACAGUGUUAGGUAGCUUGGUAUGUGGAUUGCUUGACACUGUCCAAGAUGCUGUGAUCGACUGUUUGCUUUGUAACGCUUUGUAUGGUACCAUUAGUAGUAUCACUUCUGAAAUCAUCCAACUUUUAGAAUCCACUUUACUCGGUUGUGAUGUCACAACCUCUGAAGUCACAACAUGCACCGAUUAUUGUGAUGUUGAAGAAACUACAGUUCCUGAUUCUCAAAGCUGCUCUGAUUUGUGUGAUGAGGUUCAAAGCGAUCUUAUUUACUUUGGAGGUUUGACUACUCUGGUUGGAUGUACUAUUCUUAACGAUGUUGUUAAAAACAAGAUCUUGGCCUGUCUUGUGUGUGGCCCUAUAUUCGACCUUGUGGGAGGAAUUAUUGACACAGUGACAGGAUUGUUAGCUGGCGAUUGUUUGGACGAGCUAAAGUCUAGUACAGAAAUCUGUGUUUCGACAACUUCUGCAUCUGCGUCAGAAAUUUCGAGUAGCGAGACUUCGUCAUCUGAUGAAAUUUUCACUAGUUCCGAGACAUCUGUUUCAGAAUCGUCGUCAUUGGAGUCUUCAACUGUUGAGUCGUCUUCUACCAUUGAGUCCUCCUCUGCCGUUGAGUCGUCAUCUGCCGUUGAGUCGUCUUCUGCUGUUGAGUCGUCUUCUGCCGUUGAGUCGUCAUCUGCCGUUGAGUCCUCCUCUGCCGUUGAGUCGUCUUCUGCUGUUGAAUCGUCUUCUGCUGUUGAAUCGUCUUCUGCCGUUGAGUCGUCAUCUGCUGCUGGGUCUUCUUCUGCCGUUGAGUCGUCUUCUGCCGUUGAGUCGUCUUCAACUGUUGAAUCGUUCUCUGCCGUUGAGUCGUCUUCUGCCGUUGAGUCGUCUUCUGCCGUUGAGUCGUCUUCUGCUGUUGAAUCGUCUUCUGCUGCUGGGUCUUCUUCUGGGGUUGAGUCUUCUUCUGAUGUUGAAUCGUCUUCUGCCGUUGAGUCGUCAUCUGCCGUUGAGUCCUCCUCUGCCGUUGAGUCGUCUUCUACCGUUGAGUCCUCCUCUGCCGUUGAGUCGUCAUCUGCCGUUGAGUCGUCUUCUGCUGCUGGGUCUUCUUCCGGGGUUGAGUCUUCUUCUGAUGUUGAAUCUUCUUCUGUUGAAUCUUCUUCUGUUGUUGAAUCCACGGAAUCAUCAACCGAGUCGAACGUUCCUUCAUCCACUGAAACGGCUGCAACAUGCACCUAUGGUCCAUCAAUGACUCAAUGUGAACAAAACUGUGCAAAGGCUCUCAACCUUUCUACAAUUCUCUCAACAGUGUUAGGUAGCUUGGUAUGUGGAUUGCUUGACACUGUCCAAGAUGCUGUGAUCGACUGUUUGCUUUGUAACGCUUUGUAUGGUACCAUUAGUAGUAUCACUUCUGAAAUCAUCCAACUUUUAGAAUCCACUUUACUCGGUUGUGAUGUCACAACCUCUGAAGUCACAACAUGCACCGAUUAUUGUGAUGUUGAAGAAACUACAGUUCCUGAUUCUCAAAGCUGCUCUGAUUUGUGUGAUGAGGUUCAAAGCGAUCUUAUUUACUUUGGAGGUUUGACUACUCUGGUUGGAUGUACUAUUCUUAACGAUGUUGUUAAAAACAAGAUCUUGGCCUGUCUUGUGUGUGGCCCUAUAUUCGACCUUGUGGGAGGAAUUAUUGACACAGUGACAGGAUUGUUAGCUGGCGAUUGUUUGGACGAGCUAAAGUCUAGUACAGAAAUCUGUGUUUCGACAACUUCUGCAUCUGCGUCAGAAAUUUCAAGUAGCGAGACUUCGUCAUCUGAUGAAAUUUUCACUAGUUCCGAGACAUCUGUUUCAGAAUCGUCAUCAUUGGAGUCUUCAACUGUUGAGUCGUCUUCUACCGUUGAGUCCUCCUCUGCCGUUGAGUCGUCAUCUGCCGUUGAGUCGUCUUCUGCCGUUGAGUCAUCUUCUACCGUUGAGUCGUCUUCUACCGUUGAAUCGUCUUCUGCCGUUGAAUCGUCUUCUGCCGUUGAGUCCUCCUCUGCCGUUGAGUCGUCUUCUGCCGUUGAGUCAUCUUCAGCCGUUGAGUCGUCUUCUACCGUUGAAUCGUCUUCUGCCGUUGAAUCGUCUUCUACCGUUGAAUCGUCUUCUGCCGUUGAAUCGUCUUCUGCCGUUGAGUCGUCUUCUGCCGUUGAGUCGUCUUCUGCUGUUGAAUCGUCUUCUGCUGCUGGGUCUUCUUCUGGGGUUGAGUCUUCUUCUGAUGUUGAAUCUUCUUCUGAUGUUGAAUCUUCUUCUGAUGUUGAAUCUUCUUCUGAUGUUGAAUCUUCUUCUGCCGUUGAGUCGUCUUCAGCCGUUAAGUCCUCCUCUGCCGUUGAGUCGUCUUCUGCCGUUGAAUCGUCUUCUGCCGUUGAAUCGUCUUCUGCCGUUGAAUCGUCUUCUGCCAUUGAAUCGUCUUCUGCCGUUGAAUCAUCUUCUGCUGCUGGGUCUUCUUCUGCAGUUGAGUCGUCUUCUGAUCUCGAAUCUUCCUCUGUUGUUGAAUCCACGGAAUCAUUAACCGAGUCGAACGUUCCUUCAUCCACUGAAACGGCUGCAACAUGCACCUAUGGUCCAUCAAUGACUCAAUGUGAACAAAACUGUGCAAAGGCUCUCAACCUUUCUACAAUUCUCUCAACAGUGUUAGGUAGCUUGGUAUGUGGAUUGCUUGACACUGUCCAAGAUGCUGUGAUCGACUGUUUGCUUUGUAACGCUUUGUAUGGUACCAUUAGUAGUAUCACUUCUGAAAUCAUCCAACUUUUAGAAUCCACUUUACUCGGUUGUGAUGUCACAACCUCGGAAGUCACAACAUGCACCGAUUAUUGUGAUGUUGAAGAAACUACAGUUCCUGAUUCUCAAAGCUGCUCUGAUUUGUGUGAUGAGGUUCAAAGUGAUCUUAUUUACUUUGGAGGUUUGACUACUCUGGUUGGAUGUACUAUUCUUAACGAUGUUGUUAAAAACAAGAUCUUGGCCUGUCUUGUGUGUGGCCCUAUAUUCGACCUUGUGGGAGGAAUUAUUGACACAGUGACAGGAUUGUUAGCUGGCGAUUGUUUGGACGAGUUAAAGUCUAGUACAGAAAUCUGUGUUUCGACAACUUCUGCAUCUGCGUCAGAAAUUUCGAGUAGCGAGACUUCGUCAUCUGAUGAAAUUUUCACUAGUUCCGAGACAUUUGUUUCAGAAUCGUCGUCAUUGGAGUCUUCUGCCGUUGAAUCGUCUUCUGCCGUUGAGUCGUCAUCUGCCGUUGAGUCGUCUUCUGCCGUUGAGUCAUCUUCUACCGUUGAGUCGUCUUCUACCGUUGAAUCGUCUUCUGCCGUUGAAUCGUCUUCUGCCGUUGAGUCCUCCUCUGCCGUUGAGUCGUCUUCUGCUGUUGAGUCUUCUUCAGCUGUUGAAUCGUCUUCAGUUGUUGAAUCGUCGUCUGGCAUUGAGUCAUCUUCUGUUGUUGAAUCCUCUACUGUUGAAUCUUCUGCCGUUGAGUCCUCUUCGGUUGUUGAAUCGUCCUCUGCUCUUGAAUCUUCUUCUGCUCUUGAAUCUUCUGAUGUUGAGUCCUCGUCUACUGUUGAAUCUUCUACUGUUGAGUCUUCUGCCGUUGAGUCCUCUCCGGUUACUGAGUCUUCGUCCUCUGUUGAAUCCUCGUCUGUCACUGAAGUUUCUUCUGCUGUUGAAUCUUUGCCUGCCGUUGAGUCUUCCUCAGUCAUUGAGUUUUCCUCUGCCGUUGAGUCUUCUCCGGUUACCGAGUUUUCUUCUGUUUCUGAGUCUUCAUCUGCUGUUGAAUCUUUAUCUGUUUCUGAGCUUUCUUCUGCUGCUGGGUCUUCCUCUGCUAUUGAGUCUUAUUCUACUACAAUGUCUUUCUCUGUCGUUGAAUCUUCGUUUGCAGAAUCAGUUUCGAAGUCCGAGUUUUAUUCUCUUUCUGUAUCUUCUUUGGAGUCUUCUUCUGAAUCGGUCACAGAAUUUUCAGAAACUGAAUUUGCUUCCCAGAUUGGUUCUGCUUCUGAGACUAAUUCUGCUUCUCAAACCGGUUCUGCCUCUGAGACUGGCUCCGCUUCUAAUACUGGAUCUGCUUCUCAAACCGGUUCUGCCUCUGAGACUGGCUCCGCUUCUAAUACUGGCUCCGCUUCUAAUACUGGUUCUGCUUCUCAAACUGGUUCCGCCUCUAACACUGGCUCUGCUUCUAAUACUGGUUCUGCUUCUCAAACUGGUUCCGCCUCUAACACUGGCUCUGCUUCUCAAACCGGUUCCGCCUCUGAGACUGGCUCCGCUUCUAAUACUGGCUCUGCUUCUCAAACCGGUUCCGCCUCUGAGACUGGCUCCGCUUCUAAUACUGGUUCUGCUUCUCAAACUGGUUCCGCCUCUAAUACUGGCUCUGCUUCUCAAACCGGUUCCGCCUCUGAGACUGGCUCCGCUUCUAAUACUGGUUCUGCUUCUCAAACUGGUUCCGCCUCUAACACUGGCUCUGCUUCUAAUACUGGUUCUGCUUCUCAAACUGGUUCCGCCUCUAAUACUGGCUCUGCUUCUCAAACCGGUUCCGCCUCUGAGACUGGCUCCGCUUCUAAUACUGGCUCUGCUUCUCAAACUGGUUCCGCCUCUAACACUGGCUCUGCUUCUCAAACCGGUUCCGCCUCUGAGACUGGCUCCGCUUCUAAUACUGGCUCUGCUUCUCAAACCGGUUCCGCCUCUGAGACUGGCUCCGCCUCUAAUACUGGUUCUGCUUCUCAAACUGGUUCUGCCUCUGAGACUGGCUCCGCUUCUAAUACUGGAUCUGCUUCUCAAACCGGUUCUGCCUCUGAGACUGGCUCCGCUUCUAAUACUGGUUCUGCUUCUCAAACUGGUUCCGCCUCUAACACUGGCUCUGCUUCUCAAACCGGUUCCGCCUCUGAGACUGGCUCCGCUUCUAAUACUGGCUCUGCUUCUCAAACCGGUUCCGCCUCUGAGACUGGCUCCGCUUCUAAUACUGGUUCUGCUUCUCAAACUGGUUCCGCCUCUAAUACUGGCUCUGCUUCUCAAACCGGUUCCGCCUCUGAGACUGGCUCCGCUUCUAAUACUGGUUCUGCUUCUCAAACUGGUUCCGCCUCUAACACUGGCUCUGCUUCUAAUACUGGUUCUGCUUCUCAAACUGGUUCCGCCUCUAAUACUGGCUCUGCUUCUCAAACCGGUUCCGCCUCUGAGACUGGCUCCGCUUCUAAUACUGGUUCUGCUUCUCAAACUGGUUCCGCCUCUAACACUGGCUCUGCUUCUAAUACUGGUUCUGCUUCUCAAACUGGUUCCGCCUCUAAUACUGGAUCUGCUUCUCAAACCGGUUCUGCCUCUGAGACUGGCUCCGCCUCUAAUACUGGUUCUGCUUCUCAAACUGGUUCUGCCUCUGAGACUGGCUCCGCUUCUAAUACUGGUUCUGCUUCUCAAACUGGUUCCGCCUCUAACACUGGCUCUGCUUCUAAUACUGGUUCCGCUUCUCAAACUGGCUCCGCCUCUGAGACUGGUUCUGCUUCUCAAACUGGAUCUGCCUCUAAUACCGGCUUUGAUUCUCAAACUGGCUCCGCCUCUGAGACUGGCUCCGCAUCUAAUACUGGUUCUGUUUCUCAGACUUCUGCAUUGGAAUUCCCCUCAGUUUCAUCAGCUGAAUCAUCAUCGCAAGGUAGUUCGCCUUCUAAAUCUGCAUCUAUGUCAUUGAGUGAAUCUUCUCAAGCAUCUCAGAGUGUCUCUGCAACUCCAUCUCAAGAUAACAAUACUCUUCCUUCAAACCAAAGCACAGCCUCUCAAAGUGAAUCUAUGAAUGGACCUACUUCUCAAGCUAGUGCCAACACUCAGAACACCUCGCCUUCUGAGCAACAGGAGCAAACCUCCAACCUCAUCUCCUCAUCACCAUCAGCAACCCAGUCGGUAUCAGAGAAUUGCCCUGGCUGCUACACCACCUUAGAAACGGAGGAAAUUACCACAACUCUUACCACAACUCUGCAAGGCACAAUUGAAACCACAAUUACAACCGCCAUCCAAUCCACCAUUACGUUGGUUCAUUCUCCUGUGGUUUCAAGUGAUUCAACUAUCACCUACAUUUCAUAUACUGCAUCAGCACCACCAUUAUCAAGCGGCGGCGUUAAUACAAAUUCUGGUGCUUCUGCUGAAGAAACUUCUGUUACUGCUGCUCAGACCACUCCAAUUUAUGAAGGCGGUGACAGAAACAACUCAACUGCAAGCAUUUCGAGUACACUUAACACUACGUUUGUGCCCUCUCCAUCUACUGAGCAAAGUAAUGGUUCAGCUGCCAGCAUUUCGGCAGGUAUUCUUGUUCCACUCUUUGUUUCCUGUAUUUCUAUUCUCAUGGCCAUUUAA